AGAGAAGCAAUUUCUUCUGUAUGCACUUCACUUGUGCCCAUUCCCAUCCGAAUAAGCUUUCCUCUGCUUCUUUCUGUCUCCCUUUCUUUUGGCCUUUUGCAGGCUUAGAAACACUGUUAAAAAAAUAUUUUCUUUUAUGCUUACAAUCCAUUUGAAAACAAGAAUGGACGAGCCCAAGAACUAGAAGAUCCAAAAACUCGUUUAAGUAUCAGCAAUCUUUACCGUUCUUGGGUUGUUGUUCAAGUUUGUGAUCUCUUUUUCUGUCCUUUUUGUUUGAACCCACAAGCACCACAAGGCAGGCUGGCCAGGGGACUAACAUAUGUGAUAUCUGUCUCUUUAAUGUGUUUUUUGAACUCACAAACAAACAAACAAUGAAGCUUGUGCUUCUUCUUCUCCUUCUUCUCUAUAUACCCUCUUGGAACUUUCGCUUCUUUCUUGUAUAUGCUGUACCUUUACAUGACCCUUUUGUUUCCUCUCCAGCUUCCUCUCCUUCUUCUACAGUUUCUGCUUCUAUGGCUGCCUUCUCUCCAGGAAUCCAAUCGCAACUGGGAACGGAGGAGGAUCACCACAAGAUGAAGUUAGACAAGAAAAUAGCCAUAUUACUUACUGUUGCUUGUGGCAUUCUGGCUAUAAUCGUCCUUGUCUCGUUGUUUGGUUGUUGCAUUUAUUAUUGGAAGUUCUGUCAUAGAAAGGAAAAUGCCCAGCUUUCAGAUGUUGAGAAAGGGGUAUCAGUAACGCCAUUCUUGGGUAAAUUUAGUUCAUUGAGGAUGGUUAGUAACAGGGGAUCAGUUUCAUUGAUUGACUAUAAGCUACUAGAGAAGAGCACUAAAAAUUUUGGAGAUGACAAUUUAUUAGGCAAGGGUGGAUUUGGACAUGUUUAUAAAGCAUUAUUGGAAGAUAACAAGCAAGUUGCAGUGAAGAAACUAGACUGUGCAGCUGAAAAUGCCAGGAGAGAAUUUGAGAAUGAGGUGGAUUUGUUAAGCAAAAUUCAUCAUCCAAAUAUCAUUUCUCUUGUGGGUUAUAGUGUUCAUGAGGACACGGGGUUUAUUGUCUACGAAUUGAUGCAAAAUAGGUCCCUUGAAGAUCUAUUGCAUGGACCUCAUGGAUCUUCAUUAAGUUGGUAUAUCCGGUUGAAGAUUGCUCUCGACACAGCAAGAGGAUUAGAAUAUCUGCAUGAAUUCUGCAAACCAGCAGUGAUCCAUAGAGAUCUGAAAUCUUCUAAUAUACUUUUGGACUCCAACUUCAAUGCCAAGCUAUCGGAUUUUGGUCUUGCCGUAGCUGAUAGCUCCCAGAACAGGAGCAAACUCAAGCUUUCCGGCACCGUGGGUUAUGUAGCCCCAGAGUAUUUGUUGGAUGGUGAGUUAACAGAGAAGAGUGAUGUUUAUGCUUUUGGAGUUGUGCUUUUGGAGCUUCUACUGAGGAGAAGGCCUGUGGAAAAACUGGCACCAGAUCAUUGCCAAUCUAUUGUAACAUGGGCCAUGCCUCAGCUCACUAACAGAGCCUCACUUCCAAACAUCGUGGAUCCUGUGAUAAAAGAUACUGUAGAUGAGAAGUACUUAUUCCAGGUUGCAGCAGUGGCAGUGCUGUGUGUGCAACCAGAACCAUCAUAUCGGCCACUCAUAACAGAUGUUGUACACUCUCUGGUCCCACUCAUUCCUGUUGAACUUGGAGGGACGCUAAGAGUUACAACACAGGCUGCACCGCCUGCAGGGCGGCAGAGUAGUGGCUAAACAAGAAGAUAACUUUUCUGAUGUUGAUGCAUCAUUUUCUUUUUUCAGUUUUUUGUUAGAUAAAUGCAUAGUUCAAUGCCAUUGAACUUGGUUAUGUGCAUAUUAAUGUUCUUGCUGGGAAAUUUAUAACUCCAUCAAUUUCGGUGGAGAAUGGGUCUUUCUAGUUGGACUGAAGAAUAGUGGAAUUUUUUGCACAUUUGUAAAUUGAAGCAAUUGUACCUAGUUAAUAUAGAAUUCUCAAGAGAACAUUUGUUUGCUUUUCCCAAAAAAUAGGGGAAAAAAAGAUCUUGUAUGCACUCAAGAUCUUAUAUAACAGGUUUUUACAUCCAGUGGAUCAUGAAUC